ACAUCUAUAUUUUGUUUGCUAUAUAAAGCAUAGAAAAAACAGUCAAAUGUAAGCGGAAUGGAAGUUAUUCUAGCAAUAAAAUUUGGAAUAAACCAUACUUCGAACACAUGCAUGAUCAAAUGUGAUGAACCAAAAUACUGUAAAGAGAUCAAUGUACAAUUUGAAACACAGUCAAAUACUCACUUUCCGAUCAAGUCACUUACAACACCAACAGUGGCAUUGUUUGAUGACAAGGGAGCCAUCCAGUCAUAUGGAUUUGAAGCUGAACUUCAACACAUACAGUGUAAGAACACUAGUAACCAUCACCUUUUCCGCGAAUUCGUUCGGGAUCUGUUUUGCUCAGAUAAAAUGGUUCCAGACAACCUGAUCGCCGUGAAUGGCAGUCAAAUGAAGUCAAUUGACGUAGUGACCGCUGUCUUAAGCCACAUGAUCAGUCAUAUCAAAACUAAAACAGGAUUUCAAAGUUCGUCAAUAGCUUUCAAAUAUGUUUUAACAAUCCCGACGUGUUGCUGUAAAGAAUCAAGGGCAUUCAUGACAAAGGCUGCCGUAAAGGCAGGUUGUUCGUCAGAAAAUAUCAAGAUCGUUGAAGAAGCUGCUUUCUUUCCCUCUAUUAAAUUGCAUUGGUUGAUUUGUGAAAGGUAUUUCACACCGGUAGUAUACACCACAAGUUUAAGAAAACAAUAUUUUUAUACUCAAUAUCUUGCUUUGGCCUUGUACAAAGAGCAAUUAAUUCCUUUAUUUCAAUAUUUCUUUAAUUCUAUAUUUUCAGAGGAUAAUGCCACCUUGUCGGUCCUGUAUUUUAUCAACAACAAACAAAUCGAAAUUGCGUAUGCAGAAAACACAGAAAUUUGGAAAGGAUGCCAUGUCCUUCAUGAUUUUGUUGAAAUGAUCAGUUCAGAAGCUCGCAAAACCUUGGGAGAUUUUUCUGAAAAAUACCCACUUGAAUAUUACAAUUUUGAGCGGGAAGUAAAAACAAAAAUCCGGCUGACAUCACCAAGCAGUUCAAAAUUAAGUAUUCAGCUAUCCCCUUUCAUUUUGAACGAGACACAAAAUUCUGAAAACAUGCAGGAAUCUGUUCUAAGAAAAGAGUGUGAAGACGAGCUUUAUAUCAAAUUAGACAAAUGCGUCAUUAAAUCCGAACGGUCCAAAAUUCUUGUUUCUGAGGCUGGAAAACGUAUAGUGGACUACAUCGAAUCGGAAUUGUUUACUGUCUUUUCAGAUAUUAAUCAUAACAUACUUGUUGGAGAAUUUGCACAAUCACCGAUGCUUCAGGAAAUUUUAAAAGCGUCAUUUCCGGCAAAAAAUAUUUUGAUUCCUGAGGAUGCAAACAUGGCGGCAGUAAGAGGUGCUGUAUUUUUUGGACACAGAGAUGUUUCAGUAAAAACAGAUAUUGUCCACAGCAAGUCACAUUCAUCUUUGAAUAAUGCGCAAGUUGUGCUACCAAUGGAAAAGCGAGUAAGGACAAUUCACAGAGGCGAUGAAAAAAGUCCCCAACCAUCUCGAUGUGUGAUACUGUGAUUCAAAUUCAUUGUCGUUAAUAUUAAGCAAAUAUUAGAGAAUGCUAAAAACUCACAUUAACCUGUAUUAAGCUGUUUUAAACAGGGUAUGAGAAUAACCUAUUAAGGGAUUCGGGAUUACACUUUAAAAGUUACUUUUUAGGGUAAAAAAUAUGGCACUUCUUCAUAUUUAACCUAUUAUAAAUGCUGUAAAUAUAAUGAAAACAAAACGAGGCAAAACGAAUCCUUGCCUAAUUAUGUAUCAUUGUAUAUAUUUGUUGUACGUUGUAUUCAUAAUAGAAUAUGGUUUACACUAAAACGAAAAAAGAAAUGAUCUAUUGUUUUCCACAAUUGCACUAAAAAUGUAUUAAAUUCUAUACCGGGGUAUAUUAUUAUAAUUUAGGUAUUAUUAGGGGGAAUUGUAGCAUUAUAAAAAUUGCGGGGUUUUUUUUAAUUUAUCUUGAAACUUUGUCCCUGAAUUUUGAGUAGUUGUCAUAUAAAAAAUGCGAUCAUGGCCAUCAUUUACAAUGCAUUUCAUCUUUUUGAGCAUAUUUUAAAAAGACAUUUGUAAAAUUUGUUAUUUCAACAGCUUUGGGCAGGAGAUGGUUGACAAUUGAACCUCAGUUUAUCGAUAUUGAAGUGGUCUUUUUGUAUUUUACGAGGGUCAAUCAAAAAAUACGAAGACUUUUGCCAUAGAGAUGUUAUUUUACGUCAUAUUAUUACUUAAUUCAGUAGACAUAAUUAAUCGAUUGUUUCAAACAAUUUGAAAUAAAAAAAGAUCAAAUUUUCCUUUAUUAUUAAGAAUAAUUUUAAAUCUAAUCCUGCAAAAAUGAGGCCACGGCGCACUGUCAAACUUUGUAUUAUGUCAUUACGCGCUGACGCGCGUUACUCAAUUUGUAUGCACACACCGCCGCAGUUAUGAGACUAUAUCUUUCAAAAAAUAAUGAUUCAAUGCUUAAGUGUACUGAAAGCUACGGCAGUUAUAACACUAGAAUACACACAGGGUACUCAAAGGUUUAAAUGUCGAAAUUUAUUAUGACGUUACAAACGUUGGACGCUGUAAAAUGCAACGUCACAAGCGAAAAUCAAAUUUCACGCUUGUGGCUAUUACGGUGGCUCUUC